AUGUUUUUUGUGUGUUGCCUUUGUUUAUUCGUAAAACAUCCAGAGCAGAAAAGGAAUGUGCGGCAUUGUGUUUUACAGUAAAUGGGCGUGACCAAAGCAAAGUUUUAUAGGAAGCACUUUGUUACUGACUCCACUCCCGAGCACUAAGCAGUUCAACGUCAAGAUGCAGAGUGUGACUGUGUUCUGCUGGGCAGUCCUUAUUUUAGUCCAGGGUCCGUUCGAAGGGACAUGUCAAGAAGAUCACGGGUCCACCAGGAGUUUGGAGUGUGGGCCUUUGGAGCAGGGAGUGGUGUGCGCCAAUGGCAAGCAGUGCUGCCGCGAGGGUCAUCGCUGCAGUGCCGACAGCCUGUGGUGUAUCAAAACAGAGUCGGUGGUGGUGUGCAGCGACGGAGUGUCUGAAUGUCCUGUGGGCACCACUUGUUGCGAGACCACUCAGGGCACUUGGGGGUGCUGCCCUCUCCCAAAGGCUGUGUGCUGUGCGGACAAAAUCCACUGCUGCCCACUGGGCAGUCGUUGCGACCUCAAGCGAACCACAUGUGUCACUGCAGACGACGGUGAGGACACCCCCAUGUGGGAAAAGCUUCCCGCCAGGAGGAGGGCUGAGUGGGAGAUAAAGCGAGAAAAUAGCAUCAUCUGUGACGACAAAUUCAGAUGCAAAGACGACAACACAUGUUGUAAGAACGAGCAGGGUAGCUGGUCCUGCUGUCCUCUCCCAAAGGCGGUUUGCUGCAGCGAUUUAAGACAUUGCUGCCCUCAAGGUCACACGUGUAAUUUGGCCGUUGGCACUUGCGAUUUGCAAUGGAGCUCGGUCCCCUGGUUGGACAAAGAAGUGGCAACACCAAGGCCGCAGGAACAGGGUGUCAUGUGUAACGCCACGUUCAUUUGCCCGGGCACCUGGACUUGCUGCAAGACUUCGACAGGCGAUUGGGGGUGCUGCCCUCUGCCUCAGGCCGUGUGCUGCCUCGACGGACACCACUGCUGCCCCACCGACUACACGUGCGAUGAGCAGCAGAGCAAGUGUGUGAAAGGGGAAGUUGCGGUCCCGUUUUACAGCAAGAUUCCAGGGAGGACUGUCGGUGACGCCGUGCAGCCAGACUACGUGCGCUGCGAUGACACCACUAUGUGUAGCGAUGGUCAGACCUGCUGCAUGAUUUCGAGCACCAAAUGGGGAUGCUGUCCUUUUCCCAACGCGGUGUGCUGUCCUGACAUGGUGCACUGCUGUCAAACGGGCUUCAUGUGCACCCCAGACGGCAGGUGCAUCUACUCCUCCAACAUCCCAUGGCUCAACAAGCAACAGCAGCAGCUUAAAAUUGUGUAAAAUACUGCACUUCUGUUGUUUUUUUUAACCUAUGUGCAACACUUCACUGUGAAAAUAUACACAUAAUAGAGUAGUAGUCACUAAUAUACGUCGUAGAUUUUCCGAUUGUAGUCUGAUCAUUAAAGUGGCAAAAUGAUUUUGAGCUUGAACUGUGUCUAUGGAUUAGUCAAGGGCGUAGGUUUGGUCCCAGUGUUGGUAGGGACGAUAUUACAGCAUAACCUACAUGUCCACUUUUUGCUGGGGACGAUAGAUUAAUAAGACCAAACAGAUUGGGUGAAUGGGGGUCAGGGCUACAUUUCCCAUCUAUAUGAACCUAAUUAAUUGAUAGGCUAAAUUAUCAAUACAAAAUAAAUCUUUAUCUACCUAUACUUUAAUGUGUAUUGGUUCAGGUUAUAAACAAAAUAAAUCCGUAUUGACUUAUA